CAACAACAGCAGCAGCAGCAGCAGCACCCGGAGGAGGCGGCGGCGAGGAGAGCGGGCAGCGGACGAGCCUUUGCGCGGGGCAGGAAACACUUGGCAUUCUACAUGAACUACGAAAACCCUCCACCAUAUCCUGGCCCGGGCCCAACUGCCCCAUACCCACCUUACACCCACCAACCGGGUGGGCCACCUGUUCCUGGUCCCUAUCCUGGCUAUGCACCAGAGCCCGCAGGGCCAUAUCCAGUAGGACAGCCAGGCUACCAGGGCUACCCAGCCUAUGGAUGGCAGAAUGCUCCACCUCCGGGACCAGUCUAUGCAGAUGGACCUAAGAAUACAGUGUAUGUUGUGGAAGAGCAGCGAAGGGAUAACUCUGCCGAAAGUACCUGCCUGACGGCGUGUUGGACUGCGCUGUGCUGCUGCUGCCUUUGGGACAUGCUGACCUGAGUGCCCUGAGAAGCCAAGCCUCAGUACCUCUGACUUGGAGUGCUAUGCAUUCUUCUUCUUCUUCUUCUUCUUCUCCUUCUCCUUCUCUUCCUCCUCUCCCUCUGAUCUUCUCAACUGCUUUUUUAGUACUGUAAUGAAAAAUCUGCUUUGCACAGGCGACAGUAGCACCUGCCUGCCUUAGAGAUAGCACCGUGAUGUUGGUUAUGCACUUUUUAGUUUUAGUGGAGGAAAACCUCCCUUUCCCCAUGUCUUUAUAGCAUUGUUUCUACAACUUUGUGAUUCUUUAAAGAAUGUGCUAAAUAUUUUUUUUGGCAAAAAGGCUUUUACUACAAAUUAUGUAUUUAUAAUUUUUACCAUUCUUAGAAAUGGAAUAAUAUGCAAUAAUUUAAGCCAAUCAUUGUUUGUUUUUCUUACUUGCUUCCACUUCUGGUUUAACAAAUUGGGCUCAAUAAAGAUUUGGGUCCAGUAAUA